AGAGAAAACAUCCUCUCCUUUCACAUCUGCGUUGACUACAUCGGCUCCAUCGGCUCCAAGAAGCUCCACCAGAUCACCAGAGGCUCCACCACCACCUUCUACAUCUUCCAGGCCACCGGUGAGGCCGCCGGAACUCCUGGCUUCGUCAACAUCACCGUCAUCAAGGCUAGAAAGGUUGGCUUCUCCCACGUUGAUGACGCCGUCAUCGACGGCGACGCCACCACCCAAUGUCGACCUAUGUCAUAUCCAUCAAGGAGCUGCCAUACAACAUCUUUGUCAUCCAAAUUAGACACGUCCUCACCUCGCUGGAGUCUCCUCGCCGUCAGAUCUGAACCUGACAUCUCUAAUGGCGAGGCAGGGGUGCAAGGCGUUCUCAUAUCUGAUAACGCCUCUUCCAAUGCGCGCCCCGUUCGUUUAAUUCCCCACCCCCACCUUCCUCCUCAGCUUUUGCUGUCGAAAUUUCGAUUGUCCGAUUCGAAAAUGUUCAGCCCGCUGAAGGACGAUAGGUACGCCGGCUGCCGGAGGACCGAAGAAGGCUUUAUCAAAUGACACCACAAGCAUGAAGUUGGCGAGGACCAGUGCAGUUCCUCUCUGGUUUAGGUCAUCAGUAAGGAUAAUCGAUCAGCCGUAGAGUACAAGCAGUCUGUGAGUAGGUGAUAGUACAAAGCAAUUUACAGAUUGGGACUAUUUGAGAGGUCAGAGGUGAAUGUGAAAUCGGGACUUCUGGCAACGACCAGAGUGAAGAGCUGACAUCACUCCUUCCCAGCUAUAUCCUCUAGCUUAGUUAAUGGUGAUUGCUGCCUACAUUGUUAAAGAAACGAUUGCAUAUAUGGGGGUCCCAGGUUGCUGAUGAGGUUGGACAGUGGACUCCAAGAGAAUCACCUUCUCGGGAUACUUUGAUUUCUGAAGAUUGAUCCUGUAUAGAACGACGUUGCAUUUGAAACUACUCGAAACAUAACGGAAAACUUGUUCUGUUGACAAGCUAAUGUUCUGGAGCUCAGUUAUCGGCAACUGAUGGGCACUGCGAUAUGAAUGUCAUGGCAACUUAUUUGCUCGGCGUGUUGGCCUACGACGCCCCUUCCGUCAAUGAUGAUAGGGUGUAGCUUCUUUUGUCACAAGUGAAGGAAAAAGACAUAACAGAGCUAAUUACCGCUGGACGUGAGAAGCUGGUAUCUGUAUCUACCGGCAGUGCACCAGGUGUGGCCGUGGCCGAGACGAAGAAAGAAGAGAAAGUUGAGGAGAAAGAAGAAUCCGACGAUGAUAUGGGCUUCAUCCUCUUGGACUAGAUGGUUGUGGUUUCUACAUACAAUAUCUUUGUGCUAUUUUUUUUAUUUUUUUUUCCAUUAGGUGCCUGUUU